AUGACCAGCCUGUUCAGGCGCAGCAGCAGUAAUGGAGGCUCCAGGGGAGGUGGAGGAGGAGGAGGGGGAGGCGGCGGUGGUUCUACCCCAGGAGAGCUUAACAACAGCCGGCCUAACCGACAGGUCCGGCGCCUGGAGUUCAACCAGGCCAUGGAGGACUUCAAGAUCAUGUUCCCCACCAUGGAUUACGAGGUCAUCGAGUGUGUCCUGCGUUCCAACAACGGGGCGGUGGACGCCACCAUCGACCAGCUCCUCCAGAUGAGUAUCGAUGGAGAGGGAUCAGAUGACAGCUCUGACUCCGAUGACAGCAUCCCACCAGAGGUCAGUCAGUGCAGGGUCGCUUUCUCCCUUUGCUUGAAAAAAGAAAUAAAAAUGGCAAUGGUACUGUUUGUCCAUCUUGAGACGCCGUAGUGAAGAUCCUUGCCAGCUGGUCGAGUACGCAUCCUGGUAUUCCGUCUGGAACCGUGGCCUUGUCAAUGUUAACCUGUUUAAAGGUCUUCCUCACAUCGGCUAUAUCUUAAAGAAUAUAAAUUGGGCAACAUAGAUCUUGAUCCAAGAAAGGGAUGGAUUUUUUUUUCUGCUGUAACCAAGAAGCUUGAUCUUGCCGUCUAGGCCACUUAGCUAGCAAGUUAGCAAACCAAAUGCAAAGCUGUAGUCCUGAGCUAGAUGUAAUUUAUUUGGCACAUCUAAGAUAGUUAACCUAUAGUUAGUUAUAAGCAGUAGCGUAGUACGCGCUGACGGUAUGUCUAAAUACCCCGGUAUACAGUAUAUUGUCGAAGCUUAGCUCAAAAUGAUUUUUAUUUAGGAAAUACACUACCGGCCAAUAGUGAAGAAUAAUAGUGAAGAUAUCAAAACUAUGAAAUAACAUAUGGAAUCAUGUAGUAACCAAAAAAGUGUUAAACAAAUCAAAAUAUGUUAUAUUUGAGAUUCUUCAAAUAUCCACCCUUUGCCUUGAUGACAGCUUUGCACACUCCUGGCAUUCUCUCAACCAGCUUCAUGAGGUAGUCACCUGGAAUGCAUUUCAAUUAACAGGUGUGCCGUCUUAAAAGUUAAUUUGUGGAAUUUCUUUCCUUCUUAAUGCGUUUGAGCCAAUCAGUUGUGUUGUGACAAGGUAGGGUGGGUAUACAGAAGAUAGCCCUAUUUGGUAAAAGACCAAGUCCAUAUUAUGGCAAGAACAGCUCAAAUAAGCAAAGAGAAACGACAGCCAUCAUUACUUUAAGACAUAAAGGUCAGUCAAUACGGACAUUUCAAGAAGUUUCUUCAAGUGCAGUCGCAAAACCAAUCAACAUCAACUGUUCAGAGGAGACUGUGUGAAUCAGGCCUUCAUGGUCGAAUUGUUGCAAAGAAACCACUACUAAAGGACACCAAUAAGAAGAAGAGACUUGCUUGGGCCAAGAAACAUGAGCAAUGGACAUUAGACCGGUGGAAAUGUGUCCUUUGGUCUGGAGUCCAAAUUUGAGAUUUUUGGUUCCAACCGCCGUGUCUUUGUGAGGCGUGGUGUGGGUGAACGGAUGAUCUCCGCAUUUUGUAUUUCCCACCGUAAAGCAUGGAGGUGUUAUGGUGUGGGGGUGCUUUGCUGGUGACACUGUCUGUGAUUUAUUUAGAAUUAAAGGGACACUUAACCAGCAUGGCUACCACAGCAUUCUGCAGCGAUAUCCCAUCUGGUUUGGGCUUAGUGGGACGAUCAUUUGUUUUUCAACAGGAUAAUGACCCAACACACCUCCAGGCUGUGUAAGGGCUAUUCUACCAAGAAGGAGAGUGAUGGAGUGCUGCAUCAGAUGACCUGGCCUCCACAAUCCCCCGACCUCAACCCAAUUGAGAUGGUUUGCAGAGUAAAGGAAAAGCAGCCAAUAAGUGCUCAGCAUAUGUGGGAACUCCUUCAAGACUGUUGGAAAAGCAUUCCAGGCGAAGCCGUCAUCAAGGCAAAGGGUGGCUAUUUGAAGAAUCUCAAAUAUAAAAUACAUUUAGAUUUUUUUAACACCUUUUUUUGUUACUACAUGAUUCCAUUUGUGUUAAUUCAGAGUUUUGAUGUCUUCACUAUUAUUCUACAAUGUAGAAAAUAGUAUAAAUAAAUUAAAACCCUUGAAUGAGUAGCUGUUCUAAAACCUUUGACCUGUAGUUUAUGUUCCCAAGUAUUCCCACGCAUAAAUAGAGAGGCAUAUCCCAAAUGUAAUCAAGUUUUGAAAUGAUUCAGUUUUUGUCAAAAACUGAGAUGGAUUCUUGCGGUCAAUUUGCAGUGUACAAAUUAUUUAUAACUAUGAUCUGGCUCCCCGACCAUCCGCUCAAGGAAUAAUUGGCCCACGGCUGAAUGUAAUUGGGGACCCCUGCGCCACAUCCUCUGCUGGCCUACUGGCCUCUCUCCCUUCUGUUCUUGUUGUAGUCUAGGUAUUAAUCAAUAAUAAAUCAUGCAUUGUGUACCACUACCACACAUCAAAAAUAAAGGAACUGCAACUCAUCUUGUCUCACUAGAAUAUAAACAGUAAAGGCAGCCGUAAUGCCUGAAAGUAGUGCUGUUUGUGUGCUCCAGUUAUCUUAUCAGAGACUAACCCAACCAGUUCCUCUCUUAAAACUGAAAUGAUUUAUCUUACUGACAUGACUGAUUUUAAAUGGGUAAAUGUGUAUUAAUGUUAUUGAUUAGGAACAUACUCUGUCUUGGUCUCCUCCAUUCCCUGGGCCAGAUUCUGGAGCGGACAUUAGAACCGGACAGUUCCGACGAGGAACCGCCUCCCGUCUACUCACCGCCCACUUAUGACAUGCACAUCUACGACAGGAAGUACCCAGAGGCCCCGCCCACUCCUCCACCAAGGUAAAUUGUCAUAUUAUCAGAGGAGGCUGGUAGGAAGAGCUAUAGGAGGACAGGCUCAUUGUAAUGGCUGGAAUGGAAAGAAUUGAGUCAAACACGUUGUAACUUGUUUCCAUGUGUUUGUGUUUGGUACCAUUCCAUUCCAGCUAAUACAAUGAGCCUGUCCUCUUAUAUCUCCUCCUCUGUACUAUACUGUACAGUUCAACAGAUCUACACAAUGCCCGGAGAAGAGUUUAACCUAUUAGUCGUCUGUCUAUGGUAAUCCUUUAAUCCUGUAUAGAAUAUGUGCAUCUCGAACAUGAACACUGAUUACUUUAUGAAAGGGAGGAAGGAAGGAUGCAUGUUUUUAAAAACCCAACAGGACCUUUUGUUCACAUGCAGUCCCCUAGCCUGUACUCUUUAAAGCCCAGAGGAACAGAGGAAGUGGUCCUAUGGGGCCCUGGGAUUUACAUGCUCUGAAUUAGGAGCUGGGAUCUGUGGAUAUCACAGCUGACCACAUGCUCUUAUUGUUAGUCAUGGCUCCACCUGGUGGCCGUUUUAAGAACUGCAAUGCUGUCGCCAGCUGGUGUGUUUGUGUAAUUGGUGCCUGUGUAUCACUGGACUAGUUAAUAACAAACCUCCAUGUAAUUGAAUUUGCUUCAAGCCCAAGUGUCCAUGAUUUUUUUUAUUCAAGACCAUGUCCACAUUUCUUCUGCUUCACACCACCAGCUGAGAGAUUCACAAUUAUUGGCUUCUUGGACUGUACAAAGUAAUGUAUUAAAUGUGGUGAUUGCUGCUCAAAGGUGAUUUUAUUUAUUGUAAAGACAAACAGACAUUCAUUAUUUGUGUUUUCAUGCAUUGCUUACUUUUCACAGCACCAGUACACAAUGUAUGAUGUGUGCAUUUAGUUUUAUUCUAGUAUGACAUGGCAUAUGCAUCUAUAAUCAUAUUUAAUAAUAAUAAUAUUAUUAUUAUUAUUUAGUUUUAUUCUAGUAUGACAUGGCAUAUGCAUCUAUCUAGUCUGACCCUAACCUUUUGACCCUUGUCUGACUUAGGUUCGAGGCUCAGCCACCUCCAGGUCACCGGCAGGUCCGCAGCUACAGGAACUGGAAUCCGCCGUUGCUUGGCAACCUGCCAGAUGAUUUCCUGCGGAUCUUGCCACAGCAACUGGACAGUAUACAGGUACACAGUGGAUGUGAAGAAAACCACACACACACAAAAAAACAUUAGCAGUAUGACAUCAUCAUGAACAGCUGCUUACAGAAAUCAAUAGCAACUAAAUUCAACGUCUCUUUCUCCUCUCCUCCUCACAGAGCAGUCUGUCCCAGCCUGUUUCUUCCUCCUCCUCUUUGUCCUCCAUCGCCCAGCGGACGGCCCAGGGAGGUGUCUCCAGGCCAGGGGCUGGUGGAGCCCUAGGGACCCCUGGAGGGCCAGGCGGUGCCGGGGGUGCGGAGGGGGAAGGCACGGAGCAGGAGCGUAAACUGAAACAGUACCUGGAUGAUGAGCGCAUUGCCCUGUUCCUCCAGAACGAGGAGUUCAUGAGGGAGCUGCAGCGCAACCGCGAGUUUCUCGUCGCCCUGGAGAGAGGUGUGUGUCAUGCACAGAUAGGCAUACAUGGUCACCUCCAUGAUAUACUUUUAACACACUGAAUACAUGUUCAGGACACAGUAGGCUAGUACAGUAGUCACGUUUAUGCUUUCUACGGAGCAAGUCAGCCACUGUUGAAAAUGCUCCUCUCUCUUUCAUGCUAUGUUAGUUGCAACGUCCCUUGUGUAGUAUCUCAUGAUGCUUCAUCCUACAAUAGUAAACAUUUGGGAACCAUGUGCCACUUUCAUAAAGGUUUCUUAACAAUAGUGCACAUUAGAUGCUGCUGUUUGUCACAUAUUGCAUCAUAACAUCCAGCUCUCUCUGUUUUAGAUCGCUUGAAGUAUGAAUCAAAGAAAUCCAAGUCCAAUCAUUCAUCUGCUUACAUGGAGAAUUCCACAGCAGGUAGAUAUCAUUCAUAAGCUUCAACAGUAAAGGUGGGUGUGCAUGUGUUUGCGCAUGUGUGUGUGCAUUCUUAUUCAAACACACAAUAGGCCUACUCAUUUCAAUGACUUGGGGUUGUUUUGAUAACAUCACUGUAACAUGUCCCAUAUCUAGCCACCGAUCUUUAUCGCUUGCUACCACUGGGUAUGGCGAAAGCUUCUCCAAGUAGUUGUUGACACGAUAAAUAGCUUUCUCUGGACUGAUUCAUUUAGUAUUUUAUUAGGAUCCCCAAUUAGCCGCUGCCAGAAAACAAAACACAACAAAUAAUAUACAUAACACUACAUAAUACAAAAUAUACAGUGGGGAGAACAAGUAUUUGAUACACUGCCGAUUUUGCAGGUUUUCCUACUUACAAAGCAUGUAGGUACACUUCAACUGUGAGAGACAGAAUCUAAAACAAAAAUCCAGAAAAUCACAUUGUAUGAUUUUUAAGUAAUUAAUUUGCAUUUUAUUGCACGACAUAAGUAUUUGAUCACCUACCAACCAGUAAGAAUUCCGGCUCUCACAGACCUGUUAGUUUUUCUUUAAGAAGCCCUCCUGUUCUCCACUCAUUACCUGUAUUAACUGCACCUGUUUGAACUCGUUACCUGUAUAAAAGACACCUGUCCACACACUCAAUCAAACAGACUCCAACCUCUCCACAAUGGCCAAGAACAGAGAGCUGUGUAAGGACAUCAGGGAUAAAAUUGUAGACCUGCACUGGGAUGGGCUACAGGACAAUAGGCAAGCAGCUUGGAGAGAAGGCAACAACUGUUGGCACAAUUAUUAGAAAAUGGAAGAAGUUCAAGAUGACGGUCAAUCAACCUCGGUCUGGGGCUCCAUGCAAGAUCUCACCUCGUGGGGCAUCAAUGAUCAUGAGCAAGGUGAGGGAUCAGCCCAGAACUACACGGCAGGACCUGGUCAAUGACCUGAAGAGAGCUGGGACCACAGUCUCAAAGAAAACCAUUAGUAGCACACUACGCCGUCAUGGAUUAAAAUCCUGCAGCGCACGCAAGGUCCCCCUGCUCAAGCCAGCGCAUGUCCAGGCCAGUCUGAAGUUUGCCAAUGACCAUCUGGAUGAUCCAGAGGAGGAAUGGGAGAAGGUAAUGUGGUAUGAUGAGACAAAAAUAGAGCUUUUUGGUCUAAACUCCACUCGCCGUGUUUGGAGGAAGAAGAAGGAUGAGUACAACCCCAAGAACACCAUCCCAACCGUGAAGCAUGGAGGUGGAAACAUCAUUCUUUGGGGAUGCUUUUCUGCAAAGGGGACAGGACGACUGCACUGUAUUGAGGGGAGGAUGGAUGGGGCCAUGAAUCGCGAGAUCUUGGCCAACAACCUCCUUCCCUCAGUAAGAGCAUUGAAGAUGGGUCGUGGCUGGGUCUUCCAGCAUGACAACGACCCGAAACACACAGCCAGGGCAACUAAGGAGUGGCUCCGUGAGAAGCAUCUCAAGGUCCUGGAGUGGCCUAGCCAGUCUCCAGACCUGAACCCAAUAGAAAAUCUUUGGAGGGAGCUGAAAGUCCGUAUUGCCCAGCGACAGCCCCGAAACCUGAAGGAUCUGGAGAAGAUCUGUAUGGAGGAGUGGGCCAAAAUCCCUGCUGCAGUGUGUGCAAACUUGGUCAAGACCUACAGGAAACGUAUGAUCUCUGUAAUUGCAAACAAAGGUUUCUGUACCAAAUAUUAAGUUCUGCUUUUCUGAUGUAUCAAAUACUUAUGUCAUGCAAUAAAAUGCAAAUUAAUUACUUAAAAAUCAUACAAUGUGAUUUUAUAGAUUUUUGUUUUAGAUUCCGUCUCUCACAGUUGAAGUGUACCUAUGAUAAAAAUUACAGACCUCUACAUGCUUUGUAAGUAGGAAAACCUGCAAAAUCGGCAGUGUAUCAAAUACUUGUUCUCCCCACUGUAUAUUUUUUAAAUGUCUGUCUCUUCACAGUCCCCGUCGUUCUGUAAGGUUUUCUUUUAUCUGGUUUUUAAAUAUGGUUUUAUUGCUAGCUUGAUAGCAAUAGAUCCAAGAUAUGGUUUGGGGUUGACUGGGUGAUUUGGCCCAAAAACUAUGCAUUUAGUUUGAGAUAUUGCUAUUCUUGGGCAGCGGAAUGACCUUUGCCUCCCUUCAGUCCUGAGGGCACACACCGUCUUCUAGGCUUAAAUUUAAAAUGUGGCAGACAGGAGCAAACACGUAUUCCUCUAUCAACUUCAGCAAUUUACCAUCCAUGUUGUCGGUACUGGAUGGCUUGUCCUUAUUUAUAGAUGGCAACAAUUUUUUCACCUCUUCCACACCAUCUUUGCGGAACUCAAAACUACAGUGCUUGACUUGCAGUAUUUUGUCCGUUAUGCAUGAAUAUGAGGGCUCAGCGUUUGUUGUUUGCAUGUAAUGCCUACGUUUGCAAAUCUUGUUAACAAAAAAGUUAUUGAAGUGGUUGGCAAUAUCAAAGGGUUUUGUUAUGAACAAGCCAUCUGCCUCAAUGACGGUUGGAGCUGAGUUAGCUUUUUUUGCCUAGAAUUUCAUUUAAGGUACUCCAGAGCAUUUUACUAUCAUUCUUUAUAUCAUUUAUCUUUGUUCCAUAGUAAAAAAAAAAAAGUUUAGUUUAGAUUCCAUAAAGUCUUAAAGUGCCCGGAUAAUUUUUUCUACGAGGACUAUAGUCACCAAUUAAGACUGUACAUGGUGAAAUAAAAAAUGGUUGAAAUAAAUUGUUGGUUCCCUACUCAGGUUCAUUAUCAUUUGCGCAUGUGUGUUCCUGUGUUUGUACAGUAUGUGUGAGCACAUGUUGUUUUGGUGUGUGUGUGCAUAAUAUGUUUAUGUUAGUGUGUUUUACGACUUCUCUCUUUGUUUCAGGAGAGCGCUGUGCAUCAGGGUCGAUAGAGGCUUGUACUGCUGUGUCAGAUGAUGCCAUGUUCAGAGACAAACUCAAACACAUGGGCAAAUGUAAGGCAUCCUCUACCGGCAGGCCACUCAAUACACAUUAUUACCAUCCCCUGUGUCUCUCUAGCAAUGGCCAGUUAACUAACUCAAUCAAGAGAACAGCAUACUUAGGCAAACCCUUUUUACAAUCCUUUGUUCCGGUAAUUUAUUUUGUGAUGAUACUGUUGUCGUCUCUCAUACCUAGCAACAAGAAAGAAGCUGUUUGAAAUCGCCAGAUCAUUCUCUGACAAGACUAAGAGAAGAAAGUUAAAAAGAAGAACGCUCCUGAAGCACCAGUCGUAUCCUUCAUUAACAGUCAAUUCUAAUUUCCCAUCAGAAACAUUGGACAAUGAUGGCUUUUUAUAGAACUCAAUGUUCAAGUAUUCAGACCCCAUGACUUUUUCUCUAUUUUGUUAGGUUACAGCCUUAUUCUAAAAUUGAUUUUUUUCCCUCAUACCCCAUAAAGACAAAGCAAAAGUUGGUUUUUAGAAAUUGUUGCUAAUUUAUAAAAAAUAAACAACUGAAAUAUCACAUUUACGUAAGUAUUUAGACCCUUUACUCAGUACUUUGUUGAAGCACCUUUGGCAGCGAUUACAGCCUCGAGUCUUCUUGGGUAUGACGCUACAAGCUUGACACACCUGUAUUUGGGGAGUUUCUCCCAAUCUUCUCUGCAGAUCCUCUCAAGCUCUGUCAGGUUGGAUGGGGAGCGUCGCUGCCAGCUAUUUUCAGGUCUCUCCAGAGAUGUUCGAUCAGGUUCAAGUCCAGGCUCUGAUUGGGCCACUCAAGGACAUUCAGAGACUUGUCCCGAAGCCACUCCUGCGUUGUCUUGGCUGUGUGCUUAGGGUCGUUGUCCUGUUGGAAGGUGAACCUUCACCCCAGUCUGAGGUCCUGAGCGCUCUGGAACAGGUUUCUAUCAAGGAUCUCUCUGUACUUUGCUCUGUUCAUCUUUGCCUCGAUCCUGACUAGUCUCCCAGUCCCUGCCGCUGAAAAACAUCCCCAAAACAAGAUGCUGCCACCACCAUGCUUCACCGUAGGGAUGGUGGCAGGUUUCCUCCAGACGUGACACUUGGCAUUCAGGCCAAAGAGUUCGAUCUUGGUUUCAUCAGACCAGAGAAUCUUGUUUCUCAUGGUCUGAGAGUCUUUAGGUGCCUUUUGGCAAAACUCCAAGUGGGCUGUCGUGUGCUUUUUACUGAGGAGUGGCUUCCGUCUGGCCACUCUACCAUAAAGCCCUAAUUAGUGGAGUGCUGCAUGGAUGGUUGUCCUUCUGGAAAGUUCUCCCAUCUCCACAGAGGAACUCUAGAGCUCUGUCAGAGUGACCAUCGGGUUCUUGGUCACCUCCCUGAUCAAGGCCCUUCUCCCCCGAUUGCUGUUUGGCCGGGAGGCCAGCUCUAGGAAGAGUCUUGGUGGUUCCAAACUUCUUGCAUUUAAGAAUGAUUGAGGCCACUGUGUUCUUGGGGACCUUCAAUACUGCAGAAAUGUUUUGGUACCCUUCCCCAGAUCUGUGCCUCAACACAAUCCUGUCUCAGAGCUCUACGGACAAUUCCUUCGACCUCAUGGCUUGGUUUUUGCUCUGACAUGCAAUGUCAACUGUGGGACCUUAUAUAGACAGGUGUGUGCCUUUCCAAAUCAUGUCCAAUCAAUUGAAUUUACCAUAGGUCGACUCCAAUCAAGUUGUAGAAACAUCUCAAGGAUGAUCAAUGGAAACAGGAUGCACCUGAGCUUAAUUUCGAGUCUCAUAGCAAAGGGUCUGAAUACUUAUGUAAAUAAGGUAUUUCUGUUUGUUUUUUAUUUUUAUCAAUUGGCCCUGCCAGAGCCCGGACUUGAACCCGAUCAAACAUCUCUGGAGAGACCUGAAAAUAGCUGUGCAGCAGAGAAGAAUGGGAGAAACUCCCCAAAUACAGGUGUGUCAAGCUUGUAGCGUCAUACCCAAGAAGACUCGAGGCUGUAAUCGCUGCCAAAGGUGCUUCAACAAAGUACUGAGUAAAGGGUCUGAAUACUUAUGUAAAUGUGUUAUUUCCGUUUUGUAUUUUUUAUACAUUUGCAAAAAUUUCUAAAAACCAGUUUUUGCUUUGUCAUUAUGGGGUAUUGUGUGUAGAUUGAUGAGGGGGGUGGACAAUUUAAUCAAUUUCAGAAUAAGGCUGUAACGUAACAAGAUGUGGAAAAAGUCAAGAGGUCUGAAUACUUUCUGAAUGCACUGUAUGUAUCAAUAUCCAGUUCUUUAGGUUUUUCCCUUGACCAUAGCCCCUCUAAGACUGGGCACAGCCAACUCCACAGCCAACCUCCUGGAGGAUGUGGAGGGAAGCCCAGAAGAUGGCCAGCCCAGAAGAUCAGACACUCAGGAAGACAAUGUGCCACACAAGGAGCCGUUGUCAUGGUGAAAACCUGUGUUCUUCCCUGUUGGGAAUUGUAUGGCUUUACUCUGUGUAACUACUAUAACUGCUCUAAUCAACCAUUAUUAGGGGGAGGGGGGUUGUUGAAAUCAGGGGCGUCACUUUGGUUUUAGAAGUGGGGGGGGACAUAAUAUAUAUAUAUAUAUUUUUUUAUCCAGUCGGAUAAACACUCCAAACAGCCUACCUGACCGCUUGGAGGCAUCCGCAUGUUCCUAAAGCACACCGUUGCCUUGUUUUGUAUCAUAUUUCAAUGAUAAAACUGGGGGAGACAAAAAUGCAAUUUCAGAAUGUGGAAAUUUCGCCAUUGAAUGUAGGGCCCCCUGGUUGAAAUAAAUCCUUUGUUUAUAAUAAUAAUAAUAAUAUGCCAUUUUACAGACGCUUUUAUCCAAAGCGACUUACAGUCAUGCGUGCAUAAUUUUUUUGUGUAUGCGUGGUCCCAGGGAUCGAACCCACUACCCUGGCGUUACAAGCGCCAUGCUCUACCAGCUGAGCUAUAGAUGGGCGUUUUGACUGUAAUCUGACAAACAUGUCACCUCCAUUUCAGAUCCUCCAAGGCUGCACCACAUCAGUGUUUCCAUGGUGACAGCAGAAUGACCCAUGGCUGGUGGCCAAGUAAUACUUUGGCUCCUCCCUCCCCUAACACAGACCAGCCAAUCCCAGGCCCAGAAUGACCUGGGACCACCCCCUCGCCCAGGAGGAGAAGAAGCAGACUGCUAUCCACACACCACCUCUCCUUAACUCUGACUGUUCAUAACCGCAUUGGAUUACCAUUAUAAUCUCUGUAUCAUAACUCUUAGUUAAUAUAUGAUUUCAUAUGUAAAGGGCAGAUGCAUUAGUCUUUUGACUGUUCUGUAUUUUUUUGUAUCAGCUCCCUUUAAUCCCCAUUGCUGAAGGCAUGGCAGCCUUGGUGAUGAUGAUCUUACCAAAUGGACUCAUCUAGUGUUACCAGUCGAAUCUCUCUUAUAUGGCUGGGAUAGGUCACUCCAGAGCCAAAGUGUGCACAAGCACCUCUGAAAUGUCCCAUAAUAAACCAUGUUCACUCCCAUUACCCAUUUGUUGCUAUGCCCAUUUGGUCACAGUUUUAAACAGACAGUAACCAGUGAUGAUGUUGCACGUUUUUAAACAACACCUCAAGUAGAAUCACAGCUCAAUCCAAGUU